CGUCUGUUUUCUUGUUGGUUUACAAUUUAGGGUUAACGAUUGAGUAUUCAAUUGUGUGUAUUUUGCAGAAAUACUAGUCUUUUUUUUUUUUUGAUUUGAUUGUGAAAAAAUUGAGAGCUUUUGGUUGUAAUCCUUUUAGGUUUUUAGGUUUGUUUGUUUAUUAAGUUGGUUUUUUGUUUAAUUUCUGGGUCAUUUUAGGAAAAUUGAUUUUUCUGGAAAAUAAUUGUGUUUGUUAAUUUCUCUCUUCUAUAAACAAUUAAUUUCUAAAACUCUUAGGUUAAUUGUUGCUUGGGAAUUGAGAUGUUGACAUUGACUGCAAGCACUGUUGGGAGCCUGCCUUUGGUAGCACCAGUUAGACUGAGGGUUGGAUGCAAGGAUCGAAUUAACCAAACAGGCUGCACUCCUGUCUAUGUAUCUUUGCAGUUUCAAGCUUGUAUUCAAACUGGGUUUAAAAAGCUUUCACUGACAGCACCAAUAGGGCUUGGCAAGCAAUUACGUCCUAUUUAUGGAAGCAAAUAUUCGAAUAGAAAGCUAUCUGAUUCUAUAACAUGCUUUGCUGCUGUGAAUGCUAGAUGCUCUGCUUCAGGGCAAACUCAAACAAUUACCCGUGAGGCACCAACAAUCACCAAGGCUCCUGUUCGAGAACCAACUAAGACACCGAAACUUGAUGAUGGUGGACCUGGGUUUCCACCUGGUGGUGACGAUGGUGGUGGAGGUGGUGGGGGUGGUGGAGGAGGCAACUGGUCAGGCGGAUUCUUCUUCUUUGGUUUUCUUGCAUUUCUUGGCUUCUUAAAAGAUAAAGAGAGCGAGGAGGAGUACCGGGAUGGUAGUAGGAGAAGAUAAAAAAAAGUGCAUUUGGAGUCUAUAUAUUUUUUGGGCGGUUUGAUUCAUAGAUCAUGUUGUAUUCUUUUUGACCGACUCACAACUUUGGAGUAGUUGAAUGAGAUAGACUAGAAAUCAACUUAUCUUUCAUGCUUCACCAACUUCCAGUGACAUAAUUAAAUGAUGGUUCAAUGUUUUGUGCAAAGACCAAGGCAAAUAUAGUCUUUCGCAGCACCCGGUAUUUGUAAGCAAAAAUAGCUAUUCAUUUGUCAAUUCCACUAUUCAUUUUGUA